CCAAGACGGUGAUUUAUACUCGUGGGAUUCCUGCGUACCGGUCAAUUUGCCGCCAAAAACUGGAAGCGAGGCACCAUCCAAGAUGUCUGCCUGCAAGGAGGUCGAAGAAGCAUUUACGCGUCUUGACAAAGAAAAACUGUCAGAGAUUCGCGUAUUCCCCCUUGUAAAUUCCCGUAAAUACCUUGGGAAUUCUUCCAGUGUUCUUUCAUUCUUGAAUAUCCUCAGAAAAGAAGGAGAAKCUGGGUUUUGUGACGUGGUGCUGGAGGUCGAUGGCCAGUCGUUCCCUGCUCAUCGCUGUGUGCUGGCUGCUAAUAGUCAGUUCUUUUACACGCUUUUUACCAGUGGRAUGAGAGACUCGAACGAGAAACAUGUAAAUCUGCGUUCCCUUGGUAGUUCGGCCGUGUCUACAGUCCUCGAUUUCUUCUACACGCGCCAAAUUAUUGUCAGCAAAGAUAACUUGGAGGGAUUGCUCGAAGCUUCUAGUUUUCUCCUCUUGAAUCACGUGAAGAAUGCUUGUGCAGAGGUGAUGUCUCACAAUUUAUCCAUUUCUAACUGCUUUUCUACUAAACGCCUUGCAGAAAGGUACGCCUUAGAUGAGWUGUCAAGAAAAGCAGCUUCAUUUAYGACGAAGAAUUUCCAAGCAGCGAGUAAGCAAAAGGAAUUUUUAGAAUUAAAUCCUUACGAGKUGAAAGAACUUAUUUCGAGUGACUCAGUGAGGGUAGAAAAAGAGGAAGAAGUUUUUGAAGCAAUUGUGAACUGGGCCAAACAUGAUCCCACAAGCAGAUCCAAAGAACUUUCUACUCUMCUGYCMUGCCUGCGCUAUGGAUCUUUGUCUCAAGAAUUUCUUGUUAACCAAUUUGAGCAAGAUUCCAUCUUUGAAGGAGUUUCUUUUUGCGAGAACUUCUUGAAACUGCAAAAACGACGGCAGCGGCGAGCUACAACAUCUGAGAAGCAAUCUAUGUCUAGAGAGAGGCCUUCUGCUACUAUUCAAAAUGUUUUAAUUGGCGUUACAAGAGGACAUCAGUACAAGUCAUUCUGUUAUGAUCUUCAAACCGAGCAGUUCUACAAGCUACCAAGUCCUACGUCAUACGCUCAACUUGGUGUAGCAGCCAUGGGUCAAGAGCUAUAUACAGUAGGCCAAGAAUCAUCCUGGGAGGCCAAUGCAACAAGGCUGGCAAAGCUCAAAUUGGGAACAAAUAAUAARUCUAGUGUUGACCGUAUCUGGGGUAAAAUUAAUAAUUCAAGUCCCUUGAAGCCAAAUGCAUGUGAUAGGAAAACAAUUGUCCUGUCUCUGAAGGACAAGCUUUAUAUUGUUGGUGGUUGUAUGCACCAUAAAGACAGGUCAGUUGACAUUCAAUGCUUUGAUCCAKCASAAGGAGAAUGGAARSCAAUGGCKAAUAUGAUUACACCAAGAUGUAGAAUUGGAGCUGGUGCUACAAGCAACUAUAUCUACGCAAUUGGUGGAAAGAAAAGUCACGGAGGACCAGCUGAAAGUCUUGUUGAAAGAUAUAACCCUGAAACAAAUGAGUGGGCCUCCAUGGCUGAUGUGUGGUUUCCAAGAGAUGCUCCUCACAUCAUCACCACUAAUGAUAACAUCUUUGUAAUUGGUGGAUCCUAUGUUAAAUAUCUUGAUGAGACUGGAUUGACCCGAUGUGGARUCCAUUGUGCAGUUUACCAGGAGUCAUGCAAUGAGUGGUCAAGCCUGCCAGSAAUWRGAGCUCRAGAUGUAUUUCCCAAGAUAUCACUGUCUGUGAAUGAUGAAGUUUACACAAUUGUUGGUGGAGAUUGUUGGAAGUAUUUUAAGAAAACAGAUAUAUGGAGGAAAUCUAARAGGUUCAAAGCACUUCAGCGUUCUGCCUUUCAAAACAGUUUCAACUUUGUUCAACUCAAGCUUCCAAAGUUCUGCUAUGACCAGUAUCCYAAGAUAUCGGCAAAUGAUGUAGUUUUCAUUGAUACAUCCUAUUAUGAUGAUUGCUCAAGUGAUUCUUCAUCAUCAUCAUCAUCAUUUGAUGAAUGGUACGAUUAUGAAGAUGAGAAUGAAUUUUACUGGUAACAUUAUGUAGAGACAUGGAAUGGUUUACAUGAUGUCAACAUAGAGAUCAAGUAUUGUCUGUUUUGACGGCUGUUUGGAUUAGAACCAUGAGAACCUAAAASAUGGUACUUKGUAGURWUAUAAACUCUAACAUGAAGCCCCUGUACAGAACUAUUUAUGAAAUGACAAGUUGACCAGUCUUUCUUCAAAGUGUACUAGUUCGUCUUGGCAAAUAGGAAAYAGGAGUCACUCCUAACAUUUCCGACAUAUUUCAGAUGCUUGCAUUACUCACUGUUUUUUUUAAGCAAGCAUGUACGUAACAUUGAACUGUUGUGUUUGUAUAUCACAUUUAGAAUGUUGCAGUUUGACAUUGUUUGAAAAGAACAUUUUAUGAACAAAAACAAUCUAAUUCAAUGAAUAUUUUAAUUAGUAUAAUUUAUAAGGCAAAGAAUUUUCUAUUACAAGUACUGUUGUAUUUUAUCCAAUUUAGAUUUUAGAUUGUUAGAGUUUCAAGAACAUGUUAUUGAAAAGAACAUUUWAUUGCAAAACAAAAUUUAAUAUAUGAUGAACAAGAAAACUCUGCUACAAUAUAGUGAAAUGAUUCUGAAAUGCUUCUGUGAAUUAUUGAAAGAGAAAAGAUUGUGAUUUGGUGAAAUAACAAAGAAAGAUAGAUAGGAAAUAUGUCCAUUAGAACAAGAGACUUGUUCAACAUA